AUGCACCUCUCUACUCUCCUUCCCAUAACCCUUCUCGCCGCCUCGGCCGCCGCAUACCCAACAUGCGAGCCCGCUGGACAGUACCUUCCCGGUGUCCCUGCACCGGACUCCGAGCCCGGAAAAUGGAUCCCGGGUGUUCCCGCACCAGACACACCCACUUCCGUUAGCGCAGCACCAUCGUCCCAGAUCUGCGAGCGGAUGUGCGAUGAUGAACCGAGUGAAUGCCAGGCCGGAUGGGUCAGCACUCAAGUCGGCACCUGCUGGACCUGCUGCGAAGCCUCCACCACCGAAGAUAGCUCGGAGGACCCGUACCCGCUUCCCUCCCCCGUCCCUGAUGAGUCCACUCCUAAGAUCUGCGAGCGCACCUGCUUCGACGGACCCACCGAGUGCCAGACCGGAUGGGUCAGUGAGCAAAUCGGGUCCUGCUGGGCUUGCUGUGAAGCCGACGGUAGCGAGGACCCUUACCCUAUGCCCUCGCCGAUCCCCGAUGACAACGAGGACCCUUACCCUAUGCCAUCUCCUGUUCCUAAUGAUCCGGCAACUUACGACAAGGUUUGCGAGAGGACUUGCGAAAGUGAGCAGGGUGAGUGCCAGGAUGGGUGGGUUAGCACGCAGCUUGGUACUUGCUGGGCUUGCUGUGAGACUUAGGCUGGAUGUUUGGAGUGUUUGUAUAGGGAAGGUGUGAUGAUGCGGUGGGGUAUGGAUGUUAUGACGAAGUCAUGAGGUGUAAUGACAGGGUGAGUAGGUUUGAUGAUGGCGUGAUGAGGUAGUUGCAUGGGUCUGGUGUUUUAUAGAAUGGUAAUCCUUUUU